AUGGCUAUCGGGGGCGGAGCGCCGGACUGUCAUUGUAGCCUAAAAAUCUCGGACCGUCAUCCACGGGAAUUUGGUUUCCGAAACCGUACUACCUCGACAUUCAGUCUAGGGUUCCUUCCCAGCAGUUCCAACCACGACGCAGUGGAUUUCCCUCAGCGCAACCCUCCAAACCGAUCCAAUGGAUCCCUAUCAUGGACGGUCGCAAAGUCAAGGCCUCGUAUCAUCAAUCUCUUCAGCAUACCCCACCAGGAUGAAUCUGGGCGACACUUGCGGCACGUUCGCAUCAUCGACUGCUUCCCAACAUCCCACCAGCACGAGCCUGGCCUACACUUCAAGCACGUCUUCGAAAGGGAUGUUCUCCCAAGCGGACUAAGACCGAGCAAUGCGACGGCGAUUCAGACUCGUGCGUCCGAUCCAACCGCUCUCCUUCGACACCUCUCAUUCCCGAGAGCCGAAGACGCUCGCUUUCCCGUUUCUCGUUACACCUUUCUGUCGUUCUCUCGUUCUCAAUCCCUCGACCCCCGCCCCACAAGCCUCCAUUCACAGCCCUUGGGAAUCGAAUCGGGCCUGCACCCCAGUUCCAGGACGUUUACCCAGCACCGCAUGUAUGUACUUGAAAAUGAAUUGUAUUGCGCUAGUGCGCAGCGUUCCUGA